AUGCUCCUGUGUCUCCUGGUCUGUUUUUACUCACCGCACUCCCCACAACUCGCCCUGCCUUCUCCUCACCACCCUCCCACAACCCACCCCGCCCUCUCCUUGUCCCGUGGGUGGACAGCAAUGUGCUCAACCUGCUCAUACCUCCCACGAAGCUUCCUUUACCUUCCUUCCCUCACACAGCUGAAAGCAAGAUCUGUGGUCUUCUCUUCCUAUGUGUGUCAGCCCUUCUCCUUUCCCCCCCCAACUCCGCCCCUGCGUUCUCAUCCCCACUACACCCACCCUGCAUGCCCCUCGUGCCUGGCUGCACCAGGUGGUAGACAGCAACGCUAUCAACUGCAUGCCAUCUCUGCCCUCCAUGUUCAUCCCCUCUCUCACACCCGUCCCUGUACCCCAUGUGCUGUGCAGGUGGUGGACAACAACGCCAUCAGCCGGCGGGUGGCAUGUCAUUUCCGUCCUUCCGUUCUCAUCCAAUUCGGGGCUCUAUUGGACCUACCCAUGUGCUAUGCAGAUGGUGGACGACAACUCCAUCAACCGGCGACAAGAGCAUGGCAUCUCCAUGCCUCCGUUCUCAUCCCCUUUCAACCCCGCUGCAUGCCCUUGGCUCUGCCUGUGCAGGUGGUGGACGACAACGCGAUCAACCAGCGGGUGGCAGCGAGCACGCUGGCGCAGUACGGGGCGGAGGUGGCGCUGGCAGAGUCGGGCGAGGCGGCGCUGCGCCUGCUGUAG